UGCGCUUCCCUUUUUAUCAACUCGCAGGAAACUGAAAAAGGCAUGGAUUAUCACUCACCUUCAGCAAUGUCUUCCAAUCAAGCUCCUGGAGACUGGAGCACCGGCCUAUUUGAGUGCUGCAGCGACAAGAGCAACUGCUGCUUUGGGAUUUGGUGCUUUCCCUGCAUGCAGUGUCAGACUGUCAGUAAAUUCGGAUGGUGCAGCUUAAUGCCACUGCUGGAUGUCUGCUGUGUGGUGACUUGUAUUCUCCGCUCCAAGAUUCGGGAGCGCCACAACAUUUCUGGCUCUGGCUGUAGUGAUUUCUGCAAGAUAAUGUGCUGCUACUGCUGUGUGUGGUGCCAGAUGAAUCGAGAGCUGAAGAUCCGUGAUGGCCAUCCAUCGGUCAUCACCACUCAAGCUGGCAGAGCUUAACAUGCAGACUAAGUGCUUUUCUGUUUAGUAUAUCUGAUGAGCUCUGCAAACAGUACAGAUGGAUUAUUGUUCUAAUCACAGAGGAAAAUUAAUGCUUUAAGUUUAACCCCUUCGCUCCCACCGCUCGGCCCCUGGUCACUUUGAUGUCACAUUUCAUUCGGCAUCAGACAGCAAACUUAUUUGUUAACAAAACCUAACAUGUUGUACCUCUUUAUUAUCAUGCAAUUCUAAAGAAAACUAC